AUGGGUUCUAUCGUUCCUAACCAUGGCCCUUUCCCCAAGAUUCCUCCGGGGCAUGGCAAGAUCACACUCGGUGCAUUUGUCUUCGAUGGCAUGGAUCUGCUCGAUCUGAUGGGUCCCAUGCGCAUCUUUGGUGAAGAAAUUAACAAGUUGGACAUUGAGAUCAUAUUUAUUGGUGUCACUAUGAAAUCUGCCCGUUCUUCGCAGCAGGUCGAAGUCACCCCUCACUACACGCUUGAGACAGCCCCUAAAUUAGACCUCUUUUUCAUGCCUGGAGGCAUUGGAACCCGUACCAUUUGCGAACAGCCGGAUCUGAUGAGGCUGAUUUCAACCCGGAUUCAGGAGGCAAUCUGGGUCAUGACUGUCUGCACUGGCGCCGGUAUUUUGGCCAAGAGUGGUUAUAUUGAUGGCCACAGAGCCACUACCAAUAAGUCUGUCUUUGAGUGGGCUGCAUCCCAUGGACCCAACGUCGAUUGGAUCAAGAGAGCACGCUGGGUGCAGGAUAGCAAGUUCGUUACUUCCUCGGGCGUCUCUGCUGGUAUUGAUGCGGCCUUGUACGUCCUUUCGGAGCUGACCAGUCCUGAUACUGCGCAAGCUGUCGCUGUUGAAAUCGAAUAUACCUGGCAUAAGGUUGCUGAGGAGGAUCCUUUCGCUGACAUGUACGAGUACACCCGCUCUUAA